AUGGAGAACCUUGCACCACCACCAGCAUCCCAAAAGUCGCAAAGGCGAUUCCAACCAGGCUCUCCCAUGCCGUGUCUCCAAUAUGGGACAAUCGCCAUGUCCCACACCGAAGACAUACCAAUCAUGCAAGCCCAGAGCAACCUAAUCGUGCGCCCAGCCGACAUGUUGCUCAACGCGUCGGUGCGCAACCGGCUGCAAUCGCACUACUUCGCCAAGCUCAUAGAAGUCGACGGGCGAUACCGGCAGGCGAUGCAGAAAAACCACCUCAAGUACCGAAGACAUCAUCUGUGUCAUAUGCACCAAACUAGAUGGAUUCUCAAGGCGUACUGGCAUGAGGUUGGCGUUCUUCUAAACGCGGAAGCGAAGAGGGUGGAGGCCAGGGUGAAGGCAGAGGAGAAUACACGCUGGAGGGAUACGCCUCCGAGUCAUGUGCUUGUUGGCUCGAAUUCAGGGGCUUGUGAUACUUGGAUGAUUGCGGAGGAAAGAAUGGGUUUCCUGCCGCGCACUAGUCGACGUGGGCAUGAGGCAGCGUCAGAGGGGAAGUGUGGUGGGGGACAGGAACAGGAACAGGAACAGGAACAGGAACAGGAACAGGACCCAGAAGUAGAGGCGUUUUUGAAGAAGAAUUGUUGUUCGCGGGCGGAUCUGGAAGAGAUGAAUCGCUGCAACGCUUAUGUUUUGUUUGGACUAAGGCCGUAA